AUGGCAUACUCUUUUGAAAGGCUCGCCCAAGCUCAGCAGCUAUUUAACCGUAGGACAAGCGACUUCUACGUACUGCCACACCUUGCUGGUCCAUAUCACCUGCGAGAGCGUGCCUCCAAGCGUGCUGCUGCUGUUGCAUCGUGGCAUGACAACGACGAAGAUGAAGACUACAAACCUUCGACCAAGCGAACACCAAGCAAGCGCAAGCUAUCUCUUUUACACGAGGAUGAUCAAUCUCCUCGGUCCGAGAAAAGGGCCAGGAGUUUGUCUCCAACUUCGACGCUCCGUUCUAGACUCAGCCCAGACAUACGAGAAGAAGAUGAUGUUCCAUCUUCGACACUCUCCCAACACAGUGAGCCCGACAGUUGGGAUAGAUACUGGGCGGUCAAUCCCGAUAUAGACACGCCGAACUCACGAUACAGCCUCCGACGUCGCAAUAAGGAAUCGGUGUCAGCAUCCCCACAGAAGAAAGAUGAAAUCAAUAUUGAGGUCUCGGCAUCAAAGCUGCCUGGGGAUGUCCUAGCUGCGGAUAAAGUUCUUCCGAUGAGAGAGUGCGCCGCCUGCCAGGAACUAGGCAUGGAGUGCUCGCUCGCAUCUGACCCUGAUCCGUUCUCCUAUCCUUGCACAACAUGUGAAGUGGAUGAUGUCUUCUGCGUUGUGAGUCCCCCACCCAAAUGGAAGCGAUCAUGUGAGCUUUGCAAAGGUCGAAAGAAAGAGCUUUGCUCAUAUCGCUUUGCUGAUUACGAUCAUUCCCAACCUUGUCUCUCAUGCCGAAAUCAUGGGUUCGAAUGUGUUGCUGGACCAGCUAGACACCCACCCUAUGCAUUCCUUUCCACGAGUGAGCCAAGUGAGCCAAGCAGUUCUCCAAAGAUUGAUUCUUCUGCAACCUCCAAUCCACCCAAUGGCUCGUCCGAGCUCAAUAUUUCCGAGGAAUCUAAGCCUCAUGGAAGGGUCAAUUCUCCCAAGAUUGAAUUCCCAGCAAGUUGCUCCCCACCACACAAUAAUCCGGAAAUCGACGCCGAUGAGACAUCUAAGCGAAGUGAUCAACUCACUUCUUCAGCUAUCAAUGCACCAAAGACCCAGACUCCAGAGAGAAAUCCCAGAGAAAUCAAUUCUUGGGACAUCUCAGCCCCCCCAUUCAGUAACGCAAAGCCCUCCAUUAUUGACGGGUCGAAGCUGCAGGAGGUAAUUGAAAUCACUGACUCGGACGACGACAUCCCGAAGAAGCAGGGCUCCCCAAUUUAUAUCUCUGACUCCAUUGAAUCACCCCGUCACGCCACUGUCUCAAACACCAUUGCUUCACAGUCUGCCAACAUCCAUCGAAUUUGGACUGAACUUGCUCAUCCUGUAGUAUUUCUCGCAGAUGACCCUUGCGACUGGUGCAACAACUUUGCGUAUGGGAUAACUGGUCUCGGCCCUCGCAACCCAGAGGUUUGGACGGAUGAAAACGGCACGAUCGUUGAGCUUCAGGAUGGUCAUAUUGCCGAAGGAAAAGAACAGAGCCGGAUGUGUGUCUCCUGUACAUGGAAUCGAUGCAAAAUCAUCCAAUGCUCCCACAACACUUUGAAUCUAUUACCCGCGCCUUUUUCCCCGCAAGACGAAAUACAGAAGGCUGCUGCUUCAACACAUCUACGCAGAGCAAGUGAGAUGCUGUCUGAUCCCGAGAAUGGGAAGGACGGUAAUAUUUACAGAAGUCCCAUUUACGAAUGGUGUAGCAUAUGCCGAGAACCCGCAUCCGGGUCUUGCCAGACAGUUCAACCUGUGAAUAUCCAUGCCGAUGUGGUGGACUGUGAUGAAGAAACCCAUGGAUGUGGACUGAUGCUUUGUGAGUACUGUCUCGAGCUCACCAAGCGAUUCAAGGGUGACCUCAAUGCUGUUGUUGCAUGGGGUCGCAAUGACUCGUCUCACCCUGUAUACCACCGAGCCGACAUGGAGUUCAUCCUCUCAGGGGCGGAGCACAACACACUCUACAAGCUUUAUAUGGAGGAGGGUUGA